CAAAGUUGUGGGCGUUGGACAAACGAUAGCUGGAGGCUUUAAAGGCAUCGUGUUCAAUAUUCUUCCAAGAGCGUUUUUUUUAAGGACAAGGGAAAUAUGAAGGGGUUGUUGAUGCUGGCGUUGGCUCUGUGGUUUACGAGCAACGAUGCCGUCGAGGGGCAGAAUCGCUUUGCGAAAUUGUUCAAAAUGAAUGCAGAGGAACGAAGAAACACUCCAGGUGCAGCGCGUAGUAAUCAACCGGAAGUGUCUUGCAUUGGACCUGAGAAGCUCGAUAUUAUUACAGAAGAACUUCGAGCGUCCGAGAAAGCACGAGAUAUAGCCGUCAAUGAAUUAGCGACCGAACGUGAAAAAGUUGAGCAGUUGAAAGCGGACGUGAUCGAGUUGAGAAAAGACGCCAAUUUGCGAUUGGAACAAAUGUCCCGGUCGUCCGAGUCGGCACAGCGAGUUUCUGCCGCUCAGGAAGCCCUAUCAAAACGAAUAUCAGAAAUGCAGGUGAAAACAAACCGGGAAGUUGAAAUGCUUAAGGAGUCUCUGGGGAAACGAGACGAAGAGCUCAAGGCGGCCGAACGAACCCAUAACGAGCUAACCAAGCGCCACAAGGCUGAAGUUGAGGAAGAGAUGACGAAAAUAAACGAAAAGUGGAAAGGUAAAAUUGAAGAACUUGAGCUUGUUUUAAAGAGAAAGAUAGAAGCUGCCGAUGAACAGUGCCAGGUUUCUGCGCAUCAAGGAAUCGACGAAAAGCUUCAGAACGAAAAUGACCUGUUAUCAGACGAGCGGAAAAGGGCCAAAUCAUUGGAACAAGAUCUCGCUGUGCUAGCCGGAGAACAGCGUGUAUUACAACAAAUGUACAGCAAGCUUGAGUUGAAGUAUGAAGCAAAACUGACAGAAACCGACGAGGAAAAAUCUGCUUACUUUCGGAAAAGUCUUGACGAAGAAGUAGCAAAACAGGUUGAUCAAAUCACGACGAAACUUCAAUCCCAAAUAGCAGCAGUGAAAGAUGAACGGGAUUCGUUCGUGAGUGAGAUGAAGCAAAAGCUUGACUCUGAUCACUUUACGCUCAUCGAAAGCAAAGAGCGAGAAAUGGCCGACUUCAAGCGGGGCAUGGAGGCGAAAGUCGCUCAAGUGAAUGAAGAAAAGCUAUCGCUGGCGAAUCGUUUUGACUCAAAAACGGGUGAAAUAGAGGCUAAAUGGCAAAAGGCUUUCCAGUCUUUAAGAAAAGAACAUGAGGAGAGCGUAAAAAGUGCUGAAUCUAGCGCUAAGAAAGCGCUGGAUGAAUUACGAAGAAAGACCGAAAUCGACACAAAAAGAGUCACCGAUUCAUUGCAGCAAGACUUUGAGAGUCAAAAGCAAGUACUUAAUGAAAGAAUCAAUACGCUUGCAACUGCCGAAAGAGCACACAACGAGGCUGUAAAGGACGCUGAAUUUUGGAAGAGAAGUUUCAACCAAAGGUCGUAUCUCAAUACAACACACAUUGGAUCCGAUGCUUUGGAUUUCGCAACAAAAUUGAAGGUUCAGGCUUCCGAAAAAGCUGCAAUUGUGAGAGAAACGGUGUUAUCUCACUACAUGUACAGCAAAGCCUAUGUAUUGAAGCAGAGAGACUUUGUGCAUAUGUGCACCAAGCCCUAUGUUAAAAUGACGACGGUCUUCUACCAGCGACACCUGAGUGGUCAUGUGAAUUCCGUACUUGUUGCUAUUCGACCGCAGUAUGCAAAGCACAUUGUCCCUCUCUUGAACGAAACUUCGGUAGGAAUUGUCCAUGGGCGUGAAGAAGUGACGAAGCAUGUUAGUGGAGCGUUUGCUGAAAUAGUCUACCAAUUUCGCCAAACUUGCCCUAAACUGAAAGCUGCUGUCGAGACUGCUCCAGACAAAGUCAGAAUUAACAUCGCUCACGCGUGUUCAGAACCACAUCGCACUGUCGAAGUAUUUUUGAAAUAUACUGGCUUCCUUGUGGUGCUUCUCUUGCGCAACAGACUGCUACGGCUCCUGUGGUUAGUCAUUCGACUUUCUCUCGGACUUGCUUGGUUCUUUUGUCCAUUUAGGCUCCUUUUCCGUCGAUCUACGAAAGUUUCGGUUCGUGCCGAGACUACGGAUGGCAAACUUAGUGCACAGUAG